CACUGCCAGCGUUGAAAAUCUAUAGUUUACAUUACGUACUAUAGAUUUUCAGCACUGAUAGUGAAUAUUGGAACGCAGCCCUAAUAAUUUGUACAUACCCAUUCUUGGAUUUGAACGAGUGCGUAUUUUAAGAGUCCUACAUUUCUUAUGUAAGGUCUGUUCUUUUUUAAUUGCAUCACGUUACAUCGCUCAGUUGCCUUCUCUAGUGUAUGUGUGUGUGUGUGUGUGUAUAUCUAAGAUUACGUCACGAUCAGUGCUACUUACCUAGAAAGUCUGCAGUCACGACGUACUCGUUCGUGAAAGCUGCGCGCGAUUCUAACCAAUUCUAACCUCGGUCGAGUUCGUGUAUCCUCGGCACGAAGGGUACUGCCAGCAGUGUCGCUGACAGGUAUCAGCUGUUUCAGUAAAUAAACCUCCGCAUUUCGACGAUGGACGGCGUCGAGAAUACCUCGGACGACCGUCAGGUAGUCGACGAAAAUAUCAGCGAGUCGGACAACAUCAGCGAAUGCUUGUCGCAACAAAGUGAGAGUGACGAUAAUUGGUAUUACAUGCCCGACUCGAUUCUAUUGAAUAUCUUCCAAUAUUUAACGCCGAAGGAGCUAAUGACCGCAGGAGAGGUGUGCAGAUCGUGGCACAGGGUGUCACACGAUGAAUUCCUGUGGAAAGAUUUAUUUUACCAGACAUACAAGAUAGACUCGGAUGUCGGCAUCAUGCCAGGGAAAACAUCUUGGUUAGGAGAAUUUAAACGUUUAGCAUAUCAUACUCCAUUAAUAGAAACUGAAAUUCUCAAGGAGCAUUCACAUCAAGUAUUACAUGUGAGCUUCUCUCAUAAUGGCAAAAUGUUUGCAACCUGCUCAAAAGAUGGAUAUAUCUUUGUAUGGCAAAGUCAGCAUCCUGUUACCAUAAAAUACUUGCACGAUAUGAAGACAUUUAGUUGGAAGUAUACACAGUUUUCUCAAUUCAAUUGUACAGAUACUUUACUUCUUGUGUCUGGUGUUCAUUUUGGUACGCCUCAUAGUACUUCAGGAGAAAUAGCAGUGUUUAGAGUAGCACCUGGCUUUGACCUCCAAUGCAGAGUAGUGAAUAAGCCAUAUGACAUAUUUGGCACAUGGUAUAGCGAACGUUACCUUGUGAGUGGAAAUCUGCAUUGGUUGGCACAUUUGGUCAGUACAAGUGUGCUUUGGCUCAAUAAAGCAAAUCAGGAAUCUGCUAGUGAACAUGUGCCUAUUAUGACGCAGCUUUUUAAGUUCUACAAUGAAAAUGCUUCCUCAAUCAGAGCUAUUAUGGUUGCAAAUUGUCUAGCACCUACACCAGCCGAAUCUACGGAACAACAGAACCAACCGUCAUCCUCGAAUAUGAAGGAGGAGAAAGGAAAUCCGCCGAGCCAUAAGGAUCUGUUGUCACCGAGCAAUAGCUCUCAACAACAGCAGGAAGAGCCGGUAGUGCUACACCACGCCUCGUCGAGAUUGCAAUAUAGUACAUUAGAAGGUGGAUUUAUGAAUUGGAGAAAACUUGGUGAUGGUUUUGACUAUGCUAGUCCUAUACAGUACAACCAGGAAUACAGGCAGGUUGAGAUGGAGAAGAAGGCGAAUGAAAGCGACAGCGAGAGUGAGAAUCCGCAGUGGGAAGAAGAAAGUGAGUCCGGAGAAUCAUCGGUGACCGAGGAAUGUGACACAGACGAGCUGGCGAAUAACCCCGAAAAAUUUCUCAUUUUCACGACCGGCUCAAAGACGUAUACUCCCCAUAAAGUUGGCUUUAAGAGAAUUAAAUUGAUCAGUUUCCCGAGAAGAUUGGAUCCAGGACCGUCGCUGCGCGAGAGAAUAGCUCAGCAGAAAAGGGAGCGGGAGAGACGGAAUACCGCGUCGUUGGAUACUAAUUGGUUGGACUACGAAUCGGUGGCGGAUAGAUUCGACAAAGUAGACCACCUGAUCGAUCUUCAUGGUCAUAUCAUCGGAAUGGGACUUUCACCCGAUCACAGAUAUCUCUAUGUGAAUACAAGGCCGUGGCCAACGGGUUAUGUUAUCACUAAUCCGUUACAACCACCACCGAUAGCUCAAGAAAUUGACAUACACGUGAUCGACUUGGUAACGUUGAAGCAAGUCGGAACCAUGCUAAGGGCACACAAGGCGUACACGCCUAAUAACGAAUGUUUCUUUAUAUUUUUGGAUGUAUGCAAUGAAUAUGUAGCAAGCGGUGCGGAGGAUAAGCACGGUUACCUAUGGGAUAGACAUUACGGGGUUUGUUUAGCAAAAUUCCCUCACAAUGAUGUUGUCAAUUCCGUGGCUUUUAACCCACGCGAUCCUGAAAUGUUAGUUACAACCAGUGAUGACUAUACAGUCAAGGUAUGGAGGAGUCGUGCUAUGGUGAAGGCCUUAGGUUUAGAUGAACACAGUUAUCCCAGGGGGUUAGAAGUGCGAAAAAGACUUAGGUACCAGAAAAGCAGCUGCAACGUUGACUGACUAACAACCAUCAAGUUUCCAAUUUAAGUGUUUAUUUGUACAAGAUCCUAAUGAUAUUCUCUUAAAAAUUAUUUUGCACUUAAGUUUGUUAUAUAUAUAUAUAUA